AUGGCCCUGGAAGGCGCCGACUCUACAAUGGUGAAGCUGGAGGGGGUGGAUUUCAUGUGCCCCGUUUGUACAGAACUCAUCUACAAGCCAGUCACCACCCCUUGCGGACACACGUUCUGCGAGGUGUGCUUGGCGAUGGCCCUGGCCUACAAAGCCAAGUGCCCCAUGUGCCGCGAGACGUGCGGCCUCUCCCACGCACAAUUCAAAGUCAACGUCCUCAUGGCCGCCAUCAUCGAGCAAAGCUUCGGUGAUUUGUACAAAAAGCGAGCGCAGGAGAUGGAGAAGCAGGCUCUGGUUGUGCGACAGGGCAAGAAGAAGCUCAUCAUCGGCAACACCCACGAGACUGUGCCGUCGACAUCGCAGAAUCGGCACAAGUGGAAGUUCUUCUGUACAGUGUUGGACAUGGACGAGAGGCUGGGCGUAGCUCCUCCCUCCGUGCCCACGUCCUACUACAUCCAGAAGGUGGAGGUGUUCCUGCACCCCACGUUCAACCCCAACCGCCUCGUCCUCACCGAGCAGCCGUUCGAAUUCGCUCGCCUCUUCAUCUCCUCACCUCACCGAUCUUUUUUCCGACCUUUUUUCCUGCGUGUGUGCAGAUUGGCUGGGGCGUGUUUCAGCUGA